AUGUUUUGUUUUAUUCUUUAGGAAGGGUUAAGAAACUUCCAGGAACUUCGAGCCAAAUUUCAAAAUCUUGAUGCCCCAUCAUUUUCAGGACGUGUUAAAUUCCCAGCAAGUAUUUAUCCAAAGGAUGACAUUGGAAUCAUGCAGCCCUCGAGGUUUUUGGCCAAUGGGAAACCGUUAUCACCUAACCACCAUCAAUUCCUGGCCUACUGUGCCAGCAUCGAACCCCAGGAUCUUAAAAUCCAGAAAAAGGCUAAAAGGAGUGAGAUUAAGAGACAUACUAAUUCCUCAGGACCUCCAGAAAAGUGUUCUCCUACAAUAAAUUCACUAUUAAAGGAGAAUGAGACAAAUGCUGAAAAUACCAUCAAGACAAAAGCAGAGAUGACCAAUAGCUUCCAGGACAAACUCUGGAACUGGGAGAUGGUUUCAUCUCAGCAAAGUGAAGUGCCACCAACCUUUCUUCUUGCCAAUGGUAGAAGGCGAGUCUUCCAUCUGGAAGAACAAGGAAAUGCAGGGCUUAAUCCAGAGAAGUCCAAGAAAAAACUGGAAGUCAUGGAGGUUCUCACCCUUCCUUCUCAACAGAGAUCACUCACUCCCCAACCAUCUCUCCAUGACAUACAGACACUGGAGAAACCCAGUAUUCAGAGCAGGCCAACAGAGAUCACCAGCCAGCCUGUUUGUGACAGCAAGCUCACCAACAAAGCCCCAGAAAAGCAGCUGGAAGCCAGGGAUCAUCAGCUUCCCAGAACCAAGCCACUGCCUUCUGUGGAAUCCCUGGGUCCCCCUCCUGCAAAGCCUCCGAAGCCCCCAGUUGUGGACCUGCAGAUCUUCCAAAAGCAGCUGGUUGCUGUCCCCAAGAUUGAAAUCAAGGUAGUAAUACCAAAAGAGGAACUAAGUAAAGAAAGAAUAUUCUGUGCUGAGUUUGAAGAACCACAUAAUUAUGAGGCAACAAUUUCAUAUCCAAGACAUUCUGGCAACUCCAUUAACCUGUGCACUGCAGAAGAAAUUACUGAUUGUGAACAAGACAUGAGUAUAAUGGAAGCUGAUCUAAAUCUGGAUUAUGUGAGAGCUGGUAUUUGCUUAGCAAGACACAGUCCUCAACAUGAAGAUAUAGAUGAAAGAAUGAAAGAAAAGGCAUCACAUGAAUUGGAAUCUCAAAAAAUGGAAAAGGACUCACAUUUCAGCUACUUUUCCAAGGUAGGUGCAUGGGGCAAAAUGCAUGUGACUCAAGUCCACAGAAGUCAGAGGAACAAGCCUGAUGAAAAGCAGGAUGCUAAAACUGAAACGAUUAUCCCAAAGACCAUCACUGAGGAUCCCCAGCUAGCCAGGCAACCUGAAGGCCACUGUGGGUAUGUGGAGGCCUUGGAGGUGAGGUGUGAAACUCCAAGCCAAGAGUUUGUUAGGACAAAAUCCAUGUCGGAGAAUACGUAUGAUGAUGUAGAAAGCCCCAGCAAAAAGGGACAAAAGCUUGACUUGUCUCAUACAUCUGCUUCAGAUAGUGAAGAAAAUGGUGGAGAAAUGUAUGAAGCUGUCUACAAAACAAAAAGCAACUACCCCAAAAUAGAUUUAGAUGGAAAAGAAGCACUGAAAAGAUUGCAAAGAUUCUUUAAGAAAGUAAAGACACCCAAAUCCAAAGGAAACAUGAACUCAUUGUCUAUCUCGAUGCCUGACUUAGAAAUCAGAACUCAGGACUCAGAGUCAGUUAUUAUCUAUGAUGAUGUGGACAUAAAUGAAAAAGAGUUAAAAGAUGAAGAGAAACAAAAAACAUGGAAACCCAAAUUUUUUAUGUCAAAGGAGAAAAAGGAGAAUAAAGGUGCUGAAGUCACAGAAAGUUUAUCUCCUAGAAAUUUCUUUAGAAUCAGGAAGCAAAACUAUAAAAAGAACAAAAUGGAAAAAGAAGAAAAACUUUUUAGAGAAAGAUUUGAGUAUAACAAAGAGAUCACUGUCAUCAAUACGGCCGUGGCAUCUUCUAGUAAUUCCAGAAAUGGAAUAUUUGAUUUGCCAAUUAGUCCUGGCGAACAACUGGAAGUUAUUGACAUCACUGAAGAAAAUCUCGUAAUAUGUCGUAAUUCUAAAGGCAGAUAUGGAUAUGUGCUAAUUGAACAUCUAGAGUUUAACAAGGUUUGGACAUGCCCCUUCAAUAUCCCCACUGUAAUGACUGUUGAAACUGAACACGCCCAUGGAUAUGCUCCCAUCGAGUCAGGUAUAAAAGGAAAAACUGGGACUGUUGCUGGGGGUUGGGGGAGGCAGGAUAGUGACCAGAGCAGCGCCUGCCAGCUCAAAGGUGGCCAUAGCUAA